AUGCCUAAGUUAUUUUCAGCCCCAACAGCUCCUGUUACAGCCAAGGUAUCAAACAAACUUCAAAACCUCAAGUCGAAAUUGGCAACUUUCGGCUUCCGCAACAAGCUUUUAUCGUUUCUUCCUAUUUUAUCCUGGCUGCCCAAUUAUGACUGGUCACAUUCCUUUUUCGGUGAUUUAUCAGGAGGCUUGACUAUGGCUGUUUUUUCAGUACCUCAAGGAAUAGCUCUUGCUGGAAUUACGGGUGUUCCUCCUGUUUAUGGCUUGUAUACAGCAAUUUUCCCAUCAUUUCUGUAUAUAUUCUUCGGAACAUCAAAGCAUAAUGCAUUAGGUGGUUUUGCUGUUCUAUCUCUUAUGACACAUACGGCUAUUCAAAAUGUUCUUCAGAGCACACGUACUUCUUAUAACGGUACUACUUACGUGAACCAUUCUCUCACCUCUUCAGAUGAACGGAACGGCUCAUUGGUUUCACUCAACUCCACCUCUACUCAGAAUCUCGGAAACGACACAACUUUCGUAGAAGAAGUAAGUAUGGUUAUGUGGACAGAAGGGUUGAAUCCAGUGAAAGAAAUUCAUGUCGCAACAACAAUAAUAUUUUUUGCUGGAGUUAUUCAGCUUUUGAUGGGAUUAUUUCGCUUGGAAUACUUAACUUCUCUUUUCUCUGAACAAGUAAUGUCUGGAUUCGUGGUAGGAGGAGGUGUUCACGUGUUCUUUGCUCAAAUCGGCGACAUUCUGGGGAUCAAACUACCACGCAGAUCGGGACCAGGUUAUUUAUACUAUCGCAUUCAAGACUUGCUGAAUAAUAUACAUGAAGUGCAUUAUCCUACAUUGUGCAUAUCAUCUUCUUCUAUGGCUUUUCUUAUAUAUGGUAAAGAAUAUCUAUCGCCGUGGCUGAACACUGCAUUCCGGUUUCCGAUUCCUUUCGAGUUAGUCUUGGCAGUAGUGGGCACAACAGCUACCAACUAUGCAUAUUUGUCAAAGCGUUAUAAUAUUAAGGUUGUUGGUAAUAUUCCUACAGAAUUUCCGCCACCUAGUCUACCGAGAUUUGAUCUGAUCAGCUACAUUGGCCCAAACGCUGUGGCCAUAGCUAUUACUGCAGUCGCUAUCCACAUAACCGUUGCGAAAGUAGUGGAAAAGCGUUAUAAAUACAAAAUUAAUCAUGGACAGGAAAUUUAUGCAUUAGGCUUUGUCGGAGUUUUGUCGUCUUUUUUUCCUGUUUUCCCUGUUACUUCAGGCUUUGCUCGUAGUGUUGUUGGUGCAGCUGUUGGUGGGUCAACUCAACUUACUUGCCUUUUUUCCUCUUUGGCUCUACUUUCUGUUAUUUUGUACAUUGGGCCAGCAUUGGAAUAUCUACCAUCGUGCAUUCUUGCUUCAAUGAUAAUUGUAUCGCAGAAAGCAAUGUUCACAAAGUUUUCAGAACUAAAACAGUUAUGGCCUGUAUUUAAGAUUGAUUUUGCAAUUUGGAUAAUGAGCUUCGUUCUAACAGUAGGCUACGACAUGGGUCCCGGCUUGUUACUUGCUAUAGGAUUCGCGAUUUGCACAACAAUCCUGAGAACUCAAAGACCAAAAUGGCAUUUUCUAUCAAAGGAUAGUGAUAGUGAACACUACCGAGAAACAAAGAAAAAAGACUUAGAAUUAGUUCAAGGAAAUGUAUGCAUUUUUCGAAUGGACGCUCCUCUUAUAUUCACAAGUAUUGACCGGUUCACGAUGGCAGUGUGGCAAUGCAUAAAAAAGUGGGAAAGGACGAAGAUAGAAUCGUUCGUAACAAUCGAACAAAUGAAUUCUGAAAACACUGAAGAAAUUUUUCGAAGGAAACUAUCGGCAGCGAAAAGGAGAUGGUGUCGAGAAGGUCGAAAUGAAGAACGUUGUUCAAUUGUUAUCGAUUGUGGAGGGUUCCCAUACAUGGACUACUCUGGUUUAUCAACUCUUAAAACUGUUUACUCGGAUCUCAUUGCAGCUGGUAUUCAAACAUACCUAGUAGUACAGAAAGGACACUUAAAACGAUUGCUCAAAGCUACUGAUUUCUACUCUGUGGUUGAUAAACAGAGAGUUUUCAAAAACUUAGACGAGGCAGUGAACUGGGCAGAGUUAAAUUCGAGAAGCAAAAUAACUAUAAUGCCUACCACAAGCAUUGACUCAACUGCGACACUUAUCAACGAGCCUGAGGAUAAAGAUAAAGAUGACACUGAAGAACAGACAGAAAUGGAACUAAGAGAUUGUGAUACAUAA